AUGAAUGUCAACACGGAUGGAAUGGGCAUGAAGCGAAUUGAAUGCGGCCAGGAUGAGAGAGCAAUAGCCAUGGAAGGAGGGAAGAUAAUCGCCAUCUUCCGUUCCUCUGAAGAAAUACACAAUGGUGCUAACAGUGAUUUGAACUCGGAUAAACGCUUCGUAGAAGAGGACACAAAAACUGUUGAUAAUCCAUUCACUUGUGAAGUUUGCUCCAAACAGUAUUUUUUAGAGCAUAAUUUAAAAAGACAUAUAAAGUCGCAUGAUGGUGAAGAUAAACGUCAUGAUGAUGAAGAAAAACCGUUUGCAUGUGAAGUUUGUUUCAAACGGUUUAAAACUAAUGUUGAAGUGAAAUCGCAUAUGAGAACUCAUACUGGAGAAACUUUUAAGUGUGAACUUUGCCCCAGAGAGUAUUAUUCAAAUUCUUACUUAAAAUCACAUAUGAGAUGGCACACGGGAGAAACAUUUUCAUGUAAAAUAUGCUUCAAACAAUUUGUAAGAAUUUACAAAUUCAAAGCGCAUAUGAUAACGCACAGUGAAGGGAAAACGGAAAGACGUUUCGCAUGUGUGAUUUGCUCCGAAACAUUUUCAACCAGUCAUAAUUUAGCACGACAUUCAAGAUGGCACACUGGAGAAACUUACACGUGCGAGAUUUGCUCCAAACAGUUCGUUGACCGCCAUUAUUUCAACGUGCAUCUGAGAUUGCAUACGGGCGCAAAACCUUUUCAGUGUGAAAUUUGUUCGAAACAUUUUUCACACAAUUCCUCAUUAAAGGUGCAUAUGAGAACACAUACUGGAGAAAAACCCUUCAGCUGUGAAAUCUGCUCCAAACCGUAUACAACAAGAUCGGAUUUAAAGGGUCAUAUGAAACAGCACACUAAAGAAUCGCCUUACGAAUGCGAAAUUUGCCGUAAGAAGUUUGCAUCAAGUAGUAGAUUAAAAUGCCAUAUGAUGGUGCAUAUGGAAAAAGGUGCUUUCAAGUGUAGAAGUUGCUCGAAACAGUUUGAAACAGAUAAAGAUCUUCAAUUGCAUAUCAAAUCGCACACUGGAGGAGAAACUUUUUCGUGCGAAGUUUGUUCAAAACAAUUUUCUACAAAUUAUUCGUUGAGAUUUCAUAUGCUAACACAUAACGAAGAAAAACCCUUCACAUGUGACGUUUGCCUCAAAGGAUUUUACAGAAAUUCUUCGUUAAACCUGCAUAUGAGGGUGCAUACCAAUGAAUUUUUCCCGUGUGAAGUGUGCCCUAAACAAUUUUUAACAAAAUCCAACUUAAAGAUACAUAUGAGAAGGCAUACAGGAGACAGGCCUUUCCCCUGUGAAGUUUGCCCCAAACGGUUUGCAAAGAAAUCUGAGUUAACUUCACACAUGAAAUGGCACACUAGGGACGUUCUUUUUACAUGUGAAGUUUGCAACAAACAGUUUGUUACCAAGACUGUAUUAACUAGACAUAUUAUGAGAAUUCACACAGCGGAAAAACCAUUCAAAUGUGAAAUUUGCAAUAAACAGUUUGUUACCAACACUGAAUUAACUAAUCAUUUGAUAACUCAUACGGGGGAAAGACCAUUCUCCUGCGAAAUUUGCUGCAAACAGUUUAUUACCAAAAGAUCAUUAACCAAUCAUAUGAAAACUCAUACGAGGGAAAACCCAAUUUAA